CAGGCCCGGCUCUGGUUCCGCAGCCUUCCCGGCGCCCGGGGACCGGAGGCCACCAUGUCCCAGCGUUUCGUGGUGACCCCCGCGGGGGGCGGAGUGGAGAACCCCGACCCCGCAGCUGCCCCGGAUCCGCCGCGGGUGGACGCGAUGCCCAUUCUGCACUACGGACGUGAGCCCAGCCGCUACGCAGGAGAUGGACAGUCGAGGGAGAGCAGCCCCAUCAUUAACAAUGGCGACAUGGAGCGAGAGAGUUUCUUUGAAGGAAAGAACAUGGCACUUUUUGAGGAGGAAAUGGACAGUAACCCCAUGGUGUCCUCACUCCUCAACAAGCUGGCCAACUACACCAACCUGAGCCAGGGCGUGGUGGAGCACGAGGAGGCCGAGGAGAGCCGAAGGCGCGAGGUCAAGAACCCAGGCAUGGGCACCUUCAUCGGAGUCUACCUGCCCUGUCUGCAGAACAUCCUCGGCGUGAUCCUCUUCCUGCGCCUGACGUGGAUUGUGGGCGUGGCCGGCGUCCUGGAGUCCUUCCUCAUCGUGUUCAUGUGCUGCACCUGCACGAUGCUGACGGCCAUCUCCAUGAGUGCGAUUGCCACCAAUGGCGUGGUCCCAGCUGGUGGCUCGUAUUACAUGAUAUCCCGGUCCCUGGGCCCGGAGUUCGGGGGGGCCGUGGGCCUCUGCUUCUAUCUGGGCACGACCUUCGCAGGGGCCAUGUAUAUUUUGGGGACCAUUGAGAUUUUCCUGACCUACAUCUCCCCUGGCGCAUCCAUCAUCCACGCCCAGUCGCCGGAGGGCGAGGCCGUGGCCAUGCUGCACAACAUGCGAGUGUACGGGACGUGCACCCUGGUCCUCAUGGCCAUGGUGGUCUUCGUCGGCGUCAAGUACGUCAACAAGCUGGCCCUGGUGUUCCUGGCCUGCGUGGUGCUGUCCAUCCUCGCCAUCUACGCCGGCGUCAUCAAGACCGCCUUCGACCCGCCGGACAUCCCGGUCUGUCUGCUCGGGAACCGCACGUUAUCGAGACGCAACUUCGACGUCUGUGCCAAAGUCCUCACCACCAACAACGGCACGGUGACCACCGCGCUCUGGGGCCUCUUCUGCAACAACUCCAUGCCCAGCGCCAUCUGCGACGAGUACUUUGCCCAGAACAACCUCACGGAGAUUCAGGGAAUCCCCGGCGUGGCCAGCGGCGUCUUCCUGGAUAACCUGUGGAGUGUGUACACGGACAAAGGCGUGUUUGUGGAGAAGCAGGGCACGCCCUCGGUACCGGUGCCAGAGGAGAGCAGAAGCAGCAAGCUGCCCUACGUGCUCACCGACAUCAUGACCUAUUUCACCAUGCUGGUCGGCAUCUACUUUCCCUCCGUGACCGGCAUCAUGGCGGGCUCGAACCGAUCUGGGGACCUCAGGGACGCCCAGAAGUCGAUCCCCACAGGGACCAUCCUGGCCAUUGUGACCACAUCUUUCAUUUACCUCUCCUGCAUCAUGCUUUUCGGGGCCUGCAUCGAAGGCGUGAUCUUGCGAGAUAAGUUCGGGGAGGCCCUGCAGGGGAACCUGGUCAUCGGCAUGCUGGCCUGGCCGUCGCCCUGGGUCAUCGUCAUCGGCUCCUUCUUCUCCACCUGCGGCGCCGGCCUGCAGAGCCUGACGGGGGCACCGCGCCUGCUGCAGGCCAUCGCCCGAGACGGCAUCGUCCCCUUCCUCCAGGUGUUCGGCCAUGGGAAGGCCAACGGGGAGCCCACCUGGGCCCUGCUGCUCACGGCCCUCAUCUGUGAGAUCGGCAUCCUCAUCGCUUCCCUGGACAGUGUGGCCCCCAUCCUCUCCAUGUUCUUCCUCAUGUGCUACAUGUUUGUGAACCUGGCAUGUGCUGUGCAGACCCUACUGCGCACCCCCAAUUGGCGCCCACGCUUCAGAUACUACCACUGGACGCUGUCCUUCCUGGGCAUGAGCCUGUGCCUGGCACUGAUGUUCAUCUGCUCCUGGUACUAUGCCCUGUUCGCCAUGCUCAUCGCCGGCUGUAUCUACAAGUACAUCGAGUACCGAGGGGCCGAGAAGGAGUGGGGCGAUGGCAUCAGGGGGCUGUCGCUCAACGCUGCCCGCUACGCCCUGCUGCGUGUGGAGCACGGCACCCUCCACACCAAGAACUGGCGGCCCCAGGUGCUGGUGAUGUUGAACCUGGACUCUGAACAGUGUGUGAAGCACCCCCGCCUGCUGUCCUUCACCACGCAGCUCAAGGCUGGCAAGGGCCUCACCAUCGUGGGCUCUGUGCUGGAGGGGACCUACCUGGACAAGCACGCGGAGGCCCAGCAGGCCGAGGAGAACAUCCGGUCCCUGAUGGGCAUCGAGAAGACCAAAGGCUUCUGCCAGCUGGUUGUGUCCUCCAACCUGCGGGACGGCAUGUCCCACCUGAUCCAGUCGGCUGGCCUGGGGGGCAUGAAGCACAACACGGUGCUCAUGGCCUGGCCCGAGUCCUGGAAGGAGGAGGACAACCCUUUCUCCUGGAAGAACUUUGUUGACACCGUUCGCGACACCACGGCAGCGCAGCAGGCCCUGCUGGUGGCCAAAAACGUGGACCUGUUCCCGCAAAACCAGGAACGCUUCAGCGAUGGGCACAUCGACGUGUGGUGGAUCGUACACGACGGGGGCCUGCUCAUGCUGCUGCCCUUCCUGCUGAGGCAGCACAAGGUGUGGCGGAAGUGCCGGAUGCGCAUCUUCACGGUGGCGCAGGUGGACGACAACAGCAUCCAGAUGAAGAAGGACCUGCAGACGUUCCUGUACCACCUGCGGAUCAGCGCAGAGGUGGAGGUGGUGGAGAUGGUUGAGAACGAUAUCUCCGCCUUCACCUAUGAGAAGACGCUGGUCAUGGAGCAGAGGAGCCAGAUGCUGAAGCAGAUGCAGCUGUCCAAGACGGAGCGGGAGCGGGAGGCUCAGCUAAUUCACGACCGGAACACGGCAUCCCAUUCUGUGGUGGCCGCCAGGACCCGAGCCCCUCCCACACCCGACAAAGUGCAGAUGACCUGGACGAAGGAGAAGCUGAUCGCCGAGAAGUUGAAGAACAAAGAUGCCAACAUGUCCGGGUUCAAAGACCUCUUCAGCCUGAAGCCAGAAUGGGGAAACCUGAACCAGUCCAACGUCAGGAGGAUGCACACGGCUGUGAAGCUCAACGGUGUCGUCCUGAACAAGUCCCAGGAUGCCCAGCUGGUCCUGCUGAACAUGCCGGGGCCCCCCAAGAACCGGCAGGGGGAUGAGAACUACAUGGAGUUCCUCGAGGUCCUGACCGAGGGCCUGAACAGGGUCCUCCUGGUCCGGGGCAGUGGCCGGGAGGUGAUCACCAUCUACUCCUAACGCCCGGCUGCUCUGGAAGCUCGCUGGGCAGGCACAGGGCUUGUGUCCAGCACAGACCACAGCCUGACCUGCCAGCGUGGCUUCCUACAGAAGUUUCUAGAAUACCAGCGGGCUCUCCUGUGCCAGCUGAGAGCCAGCGCAUGACUGAGGAGGUUUCCUCGAGGCCGAGGGGAGACGAGAUGCCCGCGGUGCUCCGGGUGCCCCUGAGGGAGGCCCCGAGCGCCUGGGACCCGGCGCCCCUCCGGUGAGGGCCACGCACCGAGCCCCUGGAUUCUAGAAUCCAUUCUCCUGGCCAUCCCGCCCGGGCUGGGGCUGCGUCACAUUUCAGUUCUUCCCCAUCCCGGACACUCAAAAGAAGCCACACUCGGUCUGAAGUCGACCCUGGGGCCAUUAGGGUCCGUGUAUGAAGGCGAAAGGUCAGCCUGUGGCUAAGGGCUCGGUACAGGUUCUCCGUCAGCCCCCAUCGGUCUGUGCUGUUGGAUGUCCUCGUUCCGGCCGCCCACGCCCACAUCCCCGGCUCUGCUGGGGGCCUUGGUCAGGUGCCCGUCUCGUUGGGGACCUGUGGUAAGGGAACAUGAGGUGGGUGGUCCAGCUGGGCUCGUGCUCCAGGAACCUCUGAGGGAGAGCACCCCCGUGGAGCCCUCCGAGCCCAGGCGUGCGCUGCUGGGAGCUUCAGCCUCUCGGAAGCACGGUGGGCCCGGCUCGGUGGGCACCUUUCUGAGACAUGGAAACGGUAAAAGCCCCGUGUUCACACCUUCAGAGCCGUGGGCACACCACACGGUUCAGCGUCUGACACACUUGCUCCUGUGGCCUCCGUGUCCCCCCUCAGGCUCCGGGGAGGGGUGCCUGCCGAGGCUGUGGCGUCCUGGGCGGGAAGGGCACAUGCACUGAGUUGUCCGGCUGCGGCCUGGUCCCUCCACCGCACGGAGGGGUGGCGGCAGCUGUGUUUAGGGCACUGACGCGGUACCUUUUAGCGAUCCGUGGGCUUUGCACUUUACCUUGUGGUCUUUCUGCUUGCGGUCGUGAACACGUGCACUGUAGAUGCUGCGGUAAUCUGUGCCUCACUCUCUGUGUGGCUUAUUUAUUUCGUUAAACACCUGGGCAUUUCAAUGCUGCGUGGUCCCUAAAGAGGUGGUCCCUAUGAAAGGCCCGAAGGACCACGUCCUUGGCUCUCUCAGGCUUCCAUGGGGUCCCAAGAGAAUGGACCUGGGCCUGGAUUUCACGUCGGGGCAAAGACUAAGCGUGCAUUUCUAGAUGGUUCUGAGGAGCCAUCGGGCAGCCUAGAGGGCCAGCAUUGCCAUCCGAGUGGCCACUGGCCAGAAUGUGUGCCAAGUAGCUGCAGCCGGGUGGGG